AUGUCAAAUGCGCGUGUGUCGGGAUCUAUAUGACUGCCUUUGUGAAAUUAUAAAAAAAAAAUCUGGCUGACCGAACGGAUUGAAAAAUCAAUUUUUGCGUGAAACUGUAUAGUCUCGCUUAAAUGGCAAAAAAUAAGUGCAUAGUAUUGCUUGGUUACGAGGAUGAAGUGAUACAAGAUAAGGAUAAACCGCACCUUAACUAUACUGUUAAUAAAAUUGGUGGGAUUCCGACCUGGCCAUCGUCGGAAAUUGCAAUCGGACCAUGUCCGCUAUGCGGUCAGAGUCGUCCACUAAUAGUGCAAAUAUACGCUCCAUUGGAAAACUCACAAUUCCACCGAACGUUGUAUAUUUUCGCAUGUUUGAACGCACCUUGUUCAACCCAAUCCCACAGCUGGGUGUGUGUUAGGACCCAGGUGCUGGAGAAAAGUCCAAUUGAUAAUGACAGUGAUAUAACAUCAACGGGCCAGUUCGUAAAAACAGCGCCCACCAGUAUUUCGUGGUGCAGUGGAGCUGACGAUUGGGAUGAUGCGAAUUUUGAUACGGCAUCAGGUGCAAACAGUUUUCUAAGGGUUGAUACUGCUCAAGUUCCGAAUACUGCGACUGAAGAAAAUGGAAAUAUUAUCCAAUACGAGAGGGGUAAAACUUCUGACGAAGAUGAGGAGAGCAACUCACUGGAGGAGAAUGACCCAGUACCAGGCUUUGGAAAUUUGCGGGUAGACGAACGCAACGCCAACGGUGCUGGUGCCAAAGGCGGUAUAAUUGAUAAUUUAUACAUGAGUAAAGUGACGGCAGAAAUUGAAGGAGUCGAAGAUGAUGUGGUUGUAGCAGAAACGCCGGUUUCACCCAAGAGAGAUUUGAUAGAGCUUCUAAAUCAACCGCAAAUUAUUCCAAGAGACAUUGUGGAUCUAACACUGAAAAGCAUUUAUAUAAGCGUGGACGAAGAGCGUUCUACGUCUCCGAACGUUUCGGACCAUGUAAGACAACUUUUGCAAGAGUAUCAGAAACACGAAGAAGUCAAAACCAGUCCAGAUAGCCCAAUCGGAAUCGCCAGUGGCGGCCAGCCAACACCCAUGGACCAGGAACUUUAUGAAAAAGGAAUCCCCAUGCAUGGGGAUCUAAUGUUUCACAAUUUUAUGACAACUCUACAGUUGAACCCUGGACAAAUUUUACGUUACUCAAGAAAUGCAGCACCAUUACUGAUAGCUCCAUUAAACGAGCUACGUGAGCCGACAUGCCAACAUUGCGGUAGUGAGCUAAUAUGUGAGAUUCAAAUUCUUCCGACGAUCAUCGAAAAGUUACGGCUAGAAGCCACCGGUCAAGCUGUUCCUAUCGAUUUUGGUAACGUACUUGUGUGGACUUGCAUCAAAAGUUGUUGGGAUACACCAGAUCGAAUGCGAUCGGAAAUAGUUAUCGUGCAGCAGGAGUCCUAAAUUCCUGACCGUAGAGAAUCUAGCGAGGGGACAAGUGAUCUUAUUGUGUAGAACGCAAUGUUUUAAUGAAUCAUGUCACCGUAGACAUGUUAACCUAAUUACGGAGAAUGGUUGGCUUAAGUUUAGCUUAUCCGUCGGUCAAUUCAGUAAGUUACCUAUCGCCAUCCAACAAUAAUUGCGUGAUAACUAAAUGUCAAAAGCGUAAAAAUAUCGUAAACUACCUAUCAUUUUAACUAUAGCAGAAAUGAAUGCAAUUCUAUAAUUCUGGCUAUGAACUGAUUGCAAUUUUUAAAACUACCGCCGUUUUGCCGGUCAAUAUUCGUACGUAGAUAAAUCAGGAAUUAUUGUCUUCCUAGGAUACCUGGGGGACUGAUCACAUGUAAUUUUAUUGUAGUGCGAACAUCAACCAUGGAUAAAUGAUAUAUCCUUACAACAGUGCAUCGCGACAUCAUGUCUCAGAAUGACCGCUACGACUUUUAAAAUGAUCUUCAAAUAGCAUUGAAUAAAACCGUAGUUUAUGGUGUUGAAGUUA